AUGGAUUCCCAAAAGAAAACAGAGAAAGCAAGGAUGAAGCACUUUUUUAGAGUACUAAGAUACUAUAAACAUAGAUGGGCUUACUUUUUAGGAUUAUUUUUAAAUGCUCUUAAUGGUAUCAUAUCAAUUAUCUUUAAUGUUCUAAUUGGAAACAUAACAACAGAGCUAACUAAUUCAAAUGAUUUCAUGAAAGCAAUAUCAAAGAACAUUUAUGGCUUUUUUAUUUUUAUGAGUAUAUUUGCUUCAUUUUGGCUAACUUCACAACUAUGUUUAUCAGUGGCUGCUCCAGGGUUUCUCACUCAAAUAAGAAUUAAACUUCUUUCAAAAUAUUUAUCAUUUGAUAUAGAAUAUUUUGAUCAAAAUCAGGCCGGUUCUCUCUUAGAUAGGAUCACAACUGAUAGUUCUUUGAUUUACUCAAUCUAUAUGGACAGACUUAGCCUUAUGAUUAUGGAUAUUUCACAAAGCUUUGCUGGAUUCAUCCUUUCAUUUAUAUAUUCUUGGAGAGUUACAUUAAUUUCUUUAAUAUCCAUUCCAUUGUGCGUUGCAGCUUUUUAUAUUUGUGAAUAUUUUAUUGGAAAACUUUGGAAUGACUACAAUAACGCAACCAAUGCCGCAAACACGAAAGCUGAAGAAGUUAUUAACUCAUUUAGAACUGUUAAAUCAUUUGACAGGGAGUUGACAGAAUCUGAAAAUUAUACAUCGUCUCUUGACAAAAUUCUUAAAGUUGUGAACAAAACAUCAAUCAUUACAGGCAUUAAAGAUGGUCUUCUUAACUUAUUUGUCAAUAUUUUGACUGCUGUCUUUCUUUAUCUUUGUGUUUGGAUUAUAAAGAAAAGACCACAAUGGAAUAUGAAGAAUGGUGAUGUUAUGGUCUUAAUGUCAUCACUUCUCUUCUCUAUCCAAGCAAUAUUCCAAGCAUUAAUUCUUUUUGAAGACUUCAGGAAAGCUAAUGUUGCAUCACAGAGACUUCUUGAGGUCUUAGAACACAAACCAAAAGUUGAUCAGAAAGAAUGUGAUAAUCCAGAUCUUGUUGUCAAAGGUAAAGUUGAAUUCAAAGAUGUUUCGUUCAGAUAUUUAUCCCAAGAUUCAUAUGCUAUUAAGAAUUUAUCAUUCACAAUCAAUCCAGGCGAGACGGUUGCAUUUGUUGGCGAAAGUGGCUGUGGGAAGUCAACAACAUUGCAACUCCUCCAAAGGUUCUAUGAGAUUGAGAGUGGUGAAAUUCUUGUUGAUGAUGUCAACAUCAAUACAUGGUCACCACACUAUCUCAGAACACAAAUAUCAAUUGUUCCUCAAACCCCAGUUCUGUUUUCAAUAUCAAUUGAAGACAACAUCAAAUAUGCAAAUCCUGACAUUGAUAAGAAGAAGAUGUAUGAUGCAGCAAAGAUUGGCAAUGCACACGACUUCAUUAUGGGAUUACCGGAUCAGUACAAGACUAUUGUCAAGCAGACAAGUUUGAGUGGAGGUCAGAAACAACGAAUUUGCAUUGCACGGGCAGUUUUGCGAAACAGCCCAAUCCUCCUUCUUGAUGAAGCCACAGCGGCACUUGACACAGAGAGUGAAAAGCUGGUCCAGCAGAGUCUUGAAGAAAUCCGGAAAGGCAAGACAGCUAUUAUUGUUGCACACCGCCUUGCUACAGUUAUUAACGCUGACAAAAUCUUUGUCUUCAAAGAUGGUCAUAUUGUUGAAGCUGGCAAACAUGAAGAACUCCUGUCCAAAGGUGGAUAUUACGCAGAUCUUAUUAAAUACCAAUUACAGCAAUAA